UGACAAUUUUUCAAUGUGUGGGGGUAAGUUUCAUCCUUCGCUCCAAAUCCGCCUGUAGGGGGAUAUGCCCGACCGAAGUCUCGGGGUCCUCCCCGGGGCGCCAUGGGCCUGAACGCCAGCUCGGGUUCCGGCGGCGGCUUCGAGAUCCAGGCGCCGCCACCAUCGAACUACCUGAAAUCGUACGGCGAACUGUUCCCGGGCUACCCCCCGCCCGCGCCGCUCGCGAGCCGCACUCACCAGGACUUCGAGGCGGACGCUCCCCACGAGCUCCGGGCGGCGCUGCGGCGCUCGCGCGGGACCGACACCAUUAUGUGCGGCGCCUCGUUGGGCGAUUCAGGCGUCACGUGCGGCGUCCACCUCUUCGACGACCCGAAGAGCGGAGCUCCGUACGUGGUCCCCGUCGCGCUGCCGACGGGCCUCCGCGCGGCCAGCCGCUCGGACCUGGCGGGCGGCGCCCCCUCCGAGGACGCGAGCUCGCUGGAGCUCGGGUAUGUCGACCGCUUGUUGGCCGUUCCGUUUCUCGUUGCCUACAAGGCGUUCAUGAAGCCCCAUCGCGACGGCUUGUGA